GCAGCACCGGAGGAGGAGAGGGCUGGAUAUGGGGGAGCCGCCGCACAGGCCCGUCUGAUCCAGAGAAACACACAAAGAGCUGGAGCCGGUGGAGGAGGAGGAGGACGGGGAGAGUACCGGUUCUGACCCAUCCCGGAGGAGCAGCAGGAGACUUAAUUCCGCUCGACCCAAUGGACUGAGAGGACAGAUGAAUGAAGACUGCCUACACUAACGCCUAUCGAUGCCUGGCCAAGGACCUGGACGCGUACGCCAUGAACCCGGACAUGACAAUGGACGGCCUCGGCAGCCUCCACGGCGGGGUGGCCCCUGACGCGGAGCUGAUGAGCGGCGGCUCUUCGGGCCUCCGGAUCCACCAGGACCUGGCGCCGCGGCCGGCCAUGGUGUCCGGGAUGAUCCUGGAGGGCAGCGGGGAGUACCGUCCGGAGCUGUCGCUGCCGCUGCACCACGCCAUGAGCGUCCCGUGCGACGCGACGUCCCCCGGGAUGAGCGGCACCUACACCACCCUGACCCCGCUCCAGCCGCUGCCGCCCAUCUCCACCGUGUCCGACAAGUUCCACCAUCACCACCACCACCACCACCACCAGCGGCUGCCCGGGAACGUCAGCGGGAGCUUCACGCUGAUGCGGGACGAGCGCGGGCUGCCGGGGAUGAACAACAUCUACAGCCCGUAUAAGGACCACAUGUCCGGGAUGGGUCAGAGCCUGUCCCCGGUGCUGGGUAACGGCCUGGGCUCCAUCCACAACACCCAGCAGGGGCUCCACAACUACGGCUCCAGCUCGCACGCAACCCACGACAAGAUGCUGAACUUCGACCACCAGCACCGAGGCCUCGGUGGCCCGCCGGCCGGGAUGAUGCAGCACCUGAACGGGAUGCACCACCCGGGCCACCACCCCCACCCGCACCUCCAGUCGCCGUCGCACGGGCCGGUGUUGGCGUCCACGCGGGACCGACCGCCCUCCUCCUCGGGGACGCAGGGGGGCGGCGGGUCGGGGCAGCUGGAGGAGAUCAACACCAAGGAGGUGGCGCAGAGGAUCACCGCGGAGCUGAAGAGGUACAGCAUCCCGCAGGCCAUCUUCGCCCAGCGGGUGCUGUGCCGCUCCCAGGGGACGCUGUCCGACUUGCUGCGGAACCCCAAGCCCUGGAGUAAACUAAAGUCCGGCCGGGAGACCUUCCGGAGGAUGUGGAAGUGGCUGCAGGAGCCCGAGUUCCAGCGGAUGUCGGCGCUCAGAUUGGCAGCAUGCAAGAGGAAGGAGCAGGACACGGGGAAGGAUCGCAACAACACACCAAAGAAGUCGCGGCUGGUCUUCACCGACCUGCAGCGGCGCACCCUGCUGGCCAUCUUCAAGGAGAACAAGCGGCCGUCCAAAGAGAUGCAGCUCACCAUCUCGCAGCAGCUGGGCCUCGAACUCACCACAGUCAGCAACUUCUUCAUGAACGCCCGCCGCCGCAGCCUGGACAAAUGGACAGAUGACGGCGCCAGCCCCGGCGCCCAGUCCUCGGCGUCCAGCACUUGUACCAAAGCAUGAUAGAAGACGGGCAGCCGGGAAAACGGAGAUACGGGACAAACCGGGAUCAAGGUUUCGUCCGGUUGAAACUUAAACUUUUUACAGCAUUUUGUUUCUUUCCUUUCCUUGAGGGUAAACAGAGAGAGGGGCUGCUCACUGCCACGACUUGUAGCCAAACGGCCUUCUGCAAAUUUAUCCUGAACAAACAGAGAGCUGGAGGGUGAAACCAUUAAAACAUACAAAACCUCACUUUGGAGGGAGAAAACCUUCUAAAUCAUAGACUUCAACCGUCCACUGCUGACGUCUCCUCCAGGCUGACACUCUGGCCCAAAACCAAAGACUAGAAGACAAUGUGUGUUUUCUAUUAUGCAAUAUAAGCUAGGAAACAACCAAACACCAAACCAAGGAAACUUUAUGACUGCAGAAUGUGACAGACGCUCCUGUGGGGAAACUCCAAGGUCCAAUCAGGAGUUGGGUUUCAGUUCAACGGUUUAAGCAAUAGACAGUUUGAGUCGCUGAGGGAACUUUGAUCUUCACCAAACCAAAGAUAGACGACAGUUUUCACCAAUUCCUCACCUCAGAAUCAGCGUUCGAACAUUUGACUCUUUAGAGACGGCGGUGCCCAAAUAUGCAAGCACAAACAUUCAUCGGUCGACCCGACAGCGUUUAGCUUCAUCAGAACCCGUAGCGUCAGGUUACAUGUGAGUGAGCACAACGUCGAAGCACAUUUUGUUUGCAAUAGAACCGGAGCCGGCGGCCGACCCGAGUGGGCUUCACAUCUUAGAAAACUCAGGAUGCCAUUUCUUUUCUAAACAGUGGCUGAAGUCCAUUCGGAGCGCGUCACCAGCAGGUGGUGAAGUCCUCAAACGCACCACAGACACGACUGUAAAGAGUCGUUCCCUAAAGAGUUCCCCGUUAACGACAGGCUAACGCUAGCUUACUGCGGCUUCACCAGUCAGGCUGAAUCAGGGAAGAGAUGGCAGCUCCUUCCACCAAACAUCUCAGCAGAAAGAAACGUUCUGCUGGUUCUUCACUGAGUGACGUGGAUCCGUCCUGGUGACGUGGAUCCGUCCUGGUGACGUGGAUCCGUCCUGGUGACGUCAACAGAAACAGUUUGCUAAAGCAAAACUGAAAUUUGAGAGACAAGACUGAGCAGACGGGUUUCCAACUGCAGAGUAGAGAUAUUUUUGUAAGAUUUUGACGGCCAUCACAUAGAAAAACAGGAUAAAACAGAACCAGAACCAGCUGGACCCAUCAGAGGACGGAGCGGCCAGGCAGAUCAGGGCCUUUGUAAUAGUUAAAGAGGACAAUCUAAAGACGAUGCCUGGCCGCUCCGUCCGUCCUGAGGGUCAGUGGAAACCACAAAACGGCUCCCAAAGCUGCAAACUCGUCAUUCAGAUGGUCGUCAGCCAUAAACUCAGCAGAUCGGUCCAAACAAAAGCUGAUGUAAAUACCAACAGAUCCAAACCCGUUUUAGACGUCCGUCCGUCCGUCCGUCCGUCCAUCACCUCAUCAAUCAUCUUUCACUCAAGCUAUUAAACCAAAAAUGAACCAAAACCAAAGUAAAGGCGUCAGUCAGCAGCCCCUGCUCCUCCCCAACGUCCAGGCUGGAGAUGUCGGCCUGGUCAGAGGCGGCCAAAGGCUUUAAGAACAUUUUAAGAUAAAAAAAAAUGGACUCUUGAGACUUUUUCUAUUUAUUGACAAAUCGAAACCAAAGAAAACCUUUUUCUGCACCUAACUGUUCCAACAAAUGGGAAAAAAAAAAACUUGGAUGAGAAUUAUUACCAAAAAAACAAAAGGAGAAAAAAAAACAAAAAAACAGAGUGGCGACGAUGUCAAGGAACGAGGAAACGAAGGAAAGUUCGACGGGAGGACGACAUCACUGGAGUAGCUUUUGUAGCUUUUGUUGUGUCUGAUGGUGCAUCAGGCGACUUUGGGACUGAAAGGGUGAAACCACACAGGCAGGAGGGAGGAAGCAGAGCGCCGUCGCCGGUUCCCCUCCCUCCGGCCGACGGACAGGCAGAACAUGAACGUCUCUCACGGUUGAAGAGUCUCUUUAACGUGUGCCUAUGCAGUUUUUCAAAGUAAAAAAUGGUUUAAAGAACAACAGAAACCUCAUCAGCUAACAAACCAAAGAUUCACCGUUACCGCGGCAGCAGGCUCCGCCCCCUCCAGCAGGUAAACGUUCAGAAUCAGAUCCAGUCCUUCCUGUUAGUCAUGUAGCCUGUAAGCUAACGACCCGAUGAGACGUUUUGAUUUCCUGUAAAGCACUUUUAACGCUGAAACACGUCGAGUGUUUCUGAAAGAGCAUCGAAUCAAAAACAUUUUUCACCUCAUCGUGUUUUAACUGGAAGUUUUAAUAAAUUUUAUAGUUUAUUCAUCCAGAGGAGAUGCUUUCUGAAAAGUGCGGCGCGUACCAAAGAUUUUUUUGCUGCACUACCAGAAGCUCCCUGGAUUCUUUCUUACCUUUUUACUCUGAUCUCGUUUCGUUUCUGUUGCAGUUUAUAAUUUUUUUAACUUUUCUCCUCAAACUGGAGCAGAAAGCAGCAGAACUCAACCGGAUGUGUUGGAUCUCAGGAACUGGACCUGAUUUGAUCAGAACCAGAAAUAAAACAGAAAAAAGAAAAUUAUUUAAAGUUCUUAAGGUAAAACAUGGGAUGUGUCAGA